GCUCCGCCAGCCCCGCUGCCCGCCUGCCCGCCCGCCGGGUCGGCCCAGAGCGAGCCUCAGACACCAGCCGAGGGGGUCAUGAGCCAGUGCGCCCCGGGGCGCCGCCGGGAAAGCGAGCGAAGAUAGCGGCCUCGCGUCCCCCUGGCCCUCGCUGCCUUGCCGCGCGUCCCCCACGUCCCCAGCCCCUUCUGUCCUUUCCUCGGGUCCCGCCGCCACCAUGGCGACCCUACUCCGCAGCAAGCUGUCCAAUGUGGCCACGUCCGUGUCCAACAAGUCCCAGGCCAAGAUGAGCGGCAUGUUCGCCAGGAUGGGUUUUCAGGCGGCCACGGACGAGGAGGCGGUGGGCUUCGCGCACUGCGACGACCUUGACUUUGAGCAUCGUCAGGGCCUGCAGAUGGACAUCCUGAAAACCGAAGGCGAGCCGUGCCGGGACGAGGGCGCCGAACCGCCCGUCGAGGGAGACAUCCAUUACCAGCGCGGCGGCGGCGCGCCCCUGCCACCCUCGGGCUCCAAGGACCAGGCCCUGGGAGCUGGUGGCGAGUUUGGGGGCCAUGACAAGCCCAAGAUCACGGCGUGGGAGGCGGGUUGGAAUGUGACCAACGCUAUCCAGGGCAUGUUUGUGCUGGGUCUGCCCUACGCCAUCCUGCACGGCGGCUACCUGGGAUUGUUCCUCAUCAUCUUCGCCGCCGUGGUGUGCUGCUACACCGGCAAGAUCCUCAUCGCUUGCCUGUACGAGGAGAACGAGGACGGCGAGGUGGUGCGCGUACGGGACUCGUAUGUGGCUAUCGCCAAUGCAUGCUGCGCUCCGCGCUUCCCCACGCUGGGCGGCCGCGUGGUGAACGUGGCGCAGAUCAUCGAGCUGGUGAUGACUUGCAUCCUGUACGUGGUGGUGAGCGGCAACCUCAUGUACAACAGCUUCCCAGGGCUGCCGGUGUCGCAGAAGUCUUGGUCCAUCAUCGCCACAGCGGUGCUGCUGCCCUGCGCCUUUCUUAAGAACCUCAAGGCCGUGUCCAAGUUCAGCCUGCUGUGCACUUUGGCCCACUUCGUCAUCAACAUUCUGGUCAUUGCUUACUGCCUAUCACGGGCACGCGACUGGGCCUGGGAGAAAGUCAAGUUCUAUAUCGAUGUCAAGAAGUUUCCUAUCUCCAUUGGCAUCAUCGUGUUCAGCUACACGUCGCAGAUCUUCCUGCCUUCGCUGGAGGGCAACAUGCAGCAGCCCAGCGAGUUCCACUGCAUGAUGAACUGGACACAUAUCGCCGCCUGCGUGCUCAAAGGCCUCUUCGCGCUCGUCGCCUACCUCACCUGGGCCGAUGAGACCAAAGAGGUCAUCACGGAUAACCUGCCCGGUUCCAUCCGCGCCGUGGUCAACAUUUUCCUGGUAGCCAAGGCGCUGUUGUCCUACCCGUUGCCCUUCUUCGCUGCUGUCGAGGUGCUGGAGAAGUCGCUCUUCCAAGAAGGCAGCCGCGCCUUCUUCCCCGCCUGCUACGGGGGCGACGGGCGCCUCAAAUCGUGGGGGCUGACGCUGCGCUGCGCGCUGGUCGUCUUCACGCUGCUCAUGGCCAUCUACGUGCCGCACUUCGCGCUGCUCAUGGGCCUCACCGGCAGCCUCACCGGCGCCGGCCUCUGCUUCCUGCUGCCCAGCCUCUUCCACCUGCGCCUGCUCUGGCGCAAGCUGCUGUGGCACCAAGUCUUCUUCGACGUCGCCAUCUUCGUCAUCGGUGGCAUCUGCAGCGUGUCUGGCUUCGUGCACUCACUGGAGGGCCUCAUUGAGGCCUACCGAACCAACGCGGAGGACUAGAGCGAGUCCCGGCUGCACUCCCGCGCUCCCCUCCCCUCCCGACCAAUCCCAUCCCCACCAGCCCUGUGCGCCCUGCCGCCGCGCUUGGGAAGCCAAGCUUUAAACAUCUCUGGUUCCUAAUUUCUGAUUUUGGGGGUUGGGGGCGGGGGGGGGAUAGGGAUCCACAAUCCAUCGCGUCUGCGUUUCUGUUGUCCUUUCUUUUCCACAACACCCUGGUUUCCAGGAAGGCGAGGGCGCAUUUAUGGGCAGAGUAUUCUGUCCUUCCGGGAGAGGCCCCAACACUUUGAUCCCUGUCACCGAAAGGGGUGGGAAGGGAGGGAGAGGGGGCGCAGCUCCCAGGCUCAGAAACUUGACCUUGGGGUACACUUCAUAGCCAUCCGUGCUCGGAAUCUGCAACGUCCAGCCAUUUCCAGCAAGAGCGCUUCCCAUUUCGGAGACAUUUCAACCCUGCAUCGGGAAAGGCUGGCCGGGAAAUCCGUUUCGGGUGGGCGAUUUCCUUGCGCGAAGCCGGGAGGCAAGAAGCCGGGGCGGGGCCGGCUUGCUUGCCGGUUUUCAGGAACCCAAACUCAUCUUGUGCAAUUCAUCAGGUUGUGGAACUGUUCUACUGUGCGUGUGGUGUGCUCGUGGUGAAUAAGAUGAAAUGUAUAUCAGAAAAAAAUCUCUCUCUAAUUUAUAGUGCGGUGCAUAAUUAUAUCCGCAAAUAAAGAAGAAACAAAGGCA